AAGGGGACGGGCAGAAGGCAGCGAAGGCGCUGCCCUCAGUCGGUCGGCCGCUUCACUACAGUCAGCAUACACAGAGUAGAGCAAGCGAUUGACUAUACGUAGUCUUUGCCUAAGCGCGCACUACACUCCGUGUGUUCCCGUUUUUCGAGUGAAGGCUUCGAGCUUCGUUCUGCCCGCUCUUUCGCUCGGUCGGUCGGUCGGUCGGUCGGUUGGUGUGGUUGUGAGUGUGUGUGCGCGCGCACACUCACACGCGCUCAUCCAAAUAGAGACGGACAGAGAGGAUAGAGAGAGAAAGACAGAUACAGAGUGUUGAGGAGUCGUGCAGAGACAGGCGCGCGUACACAGCCAUCGAACGUGGUGAUUCGUACGGAGGCGGACGUGCGAUAGAGCUAAAAACCGAGGCCGUUUCUUGCGAGGAAAAAAGACACGGCGUUGUCCUUCUUAUCUUCUGGUCAUCAACGUCACACCGUUGCCGUCGAUGAGAUCGUCAACGGGUUUUCGUCAUCAACGCUUCAGCGUAAACUUUUCCUGCUCGACACGAAGAUACACGAACAGUUACAUGGGAACAGUCCGUACAACAACCAGUUCUGACAAACGGGAGGAUCAAAGACGAUCGUGAGUAAAUAGAGCGAGAAAGAAGGGGGUGGCACGUACCCUUGCGGAACGCGCGUGUAUAGUAUCAUCCGCGCGACGGACGAUUGAAGUACGGGAGAACCGUCGUGUGUAUUCCGAGAGUUCCUCCGUAUAUCGGUGCAUACGUGCGUGUACGAGGACUACUGAGAGAGGUGGGGGCAGAUAGACUCUAUACUUCGCGGACAUCCGGCGGGGAAACCGCAUGUAUUCGUACGAAGCUCUCUGAGAGAGCGAGGGAAAAAAAGAGGAAGGAUCUGCUGGCGCCGAGGGAAACACACGGGUGCUCUCUCGAGUGCUCGACGAAGAGACUUCAGAGAGGAGAAAGGAGGUUCUUUGCGUUCCGAUUGCUCGCGUAUCUUACACGUUCUCCUUUUUGUCCAGCUUAGACCGAGCCAGAUAUAUAUCAUCGCUUUUCAUAGACGUGGUAUAGAAUAUUAGAGAUAUUCUGUUAUUUGUCGUAAUCCUCGUAUCGUUGAUCCUCGUGUGUGCGUGCCCGCACGCAACGGUUGAAAUUUUCGGUACAAAUAAUAAGGGUGGUGGAAAAGAGGUGGAAGGACGUGACGGCGAGAGAGAGAGGGGUAGAGCGAGGGAUCAAGGGGGAAAGAGAGAAGUGAGAAACACGCCGAGCAGUGCUGCUCCCUAUUGGCGACGUCGAGUCGCGCUCCCCACCCGGGACAGUCGAACGAGGUCCGAAGGCGAGUUCUCGGCGUGUAACUACGGUGAUUUUCCCUUACGAGAGUGUACGCACGAGACCUCGUAGCUCUGCAGCACAUCACGCGUUCCGCGUAAACAUCUCUCGACAUCACGAUAUAUAUCGGUGGUCUAGUAUUAAACUAGAAACGUCAAUCCUGGGGAAUAUAGUGAAGAAAUAUCUUUCGGAGGAAAUCGAAAAACAGCUAGAAGGAGAAAGAGACAGACGGAGAGAGAGAGACACUGGUAGUGAAGUCCGCUUUACACGCGUGCUAUCGUCGAUAAUUCUCUCUCUCGGAACGCGAUCAACUCUGUGUGUGCGCCGAUCGUGAACGCGUCCCACGCGUGUGUCGCGUAUCACCGCCGCCGGUGAAACCAAGAGAAUUCGAACGAGUCAGAGGGUAAAAUAGGAUUUCUCGCGUGGUCGGUCCUCUCCCGUGGUACGCGCGGAGAGGGGUGCACGAAGAAGUGAGAGAGGGAGAAGGAAAGAAAGCGAGACACCGCUCGACGAGGAUAGAAAAGGAAGAAGAGGGAGAAGGAGGGACAGAGAGUGUUGAGGGGAGCGACGAAGACGUGUAUAGUGCACAGAGGCGCCGGUGCUGCGCCCCAACGGCCGUUCGUCGAAACUCAGUUAUCACAAUGGCUUCCGUGAAAGACACAGCAACUUUCUUCGCGGAGGGCACAGCGAGUCAGUUCGAACACGUCUUAAAGCUUUAUCCGCAGGCCCUCAGACUCAAGGCCGAUCGGAAGACGAAAAAGCCCGAGGAGCUGAUCAAGUUGGACAACUGGUAUCAGAAUGAGCUUCCAAAGAAGAUCAAAUCACGCGGCAAGGAUGCCCAUCUCAAUCACGAAGAGCUCGUGCAAACAAUGAAAUGGAAGCAAAUACGUGGGAAGUUCUAUCCUCAAUUGUCCUAUUUAGUAAAAGUGAACACACCUCGUGCUGUGAUGGCGGAAACGAAGAAGGCGUUCAAAAAGCUUCCAAACCUUGAACAAGCGAUUACUGCCCUCUCGAAUUUGAAAGGAGUAGGCACCACGAUGGCGUCAGCCCUAUUGGCAGCAGCAUCACCGGAGAAUGCACCCUUUAUGGCGGACGAAUGUCUGAUGGCAAUACCGGAAAUCGAGGGCAUCGAUUAUACCACUAAGGAGUACCUCAACUUUGUUCAGCACAUUCAAAAUACCGUCGAGAGGCUGAACAAACAAACGUCGAACGGCAAAACCUGGAGUCCCCACAGGGUGGAACUCGCCCUGUGGACCCACUACGUGGCGUCCGAGUUGAAGCCAGAGCUGCUGGACGGCAUUCCAGGCUCCACAGAGAACGGGAACUCUCAUCCGCCCAGCAACGGCGAGGCGACAGAACCGUCGGACGACAGCAAUCAGGAAGUGGCAGUGAACGGUAAGGAACUAGGCAGUAUUGAUCCGGCGGCCAUCGACGAGAACAGCAUGACCACGUCCUUCACCGAAGACUCGAUGGAUAAACCCGCUACGCCGAUUACAGCGGCCGUCGCCAGCGAAGACACGAACGAUUCACUCGCCACGAACGACAACGACGACAGCAACAACACGCCUCGACCGACAGACAGCGAGGACACCGAAGACUCGCAGGACGUACAGGAGCCGCCCACCAAGAAGAGUAAGAAGUGACCCACCGCCAGCCAGGGAGCCACGAAUACGAGCAACAACGUCAGCACCCUCGUGUCGGCCGCCAAUCUAACGCUGAUCGCAGCGAGGCGCUUCUAAAAACCGUCAGGGUCACCGAUCAGGGUUGCGGAUAGUAGACCUGUAGCCUACCAUCGCACCAUCACGAUCGUUUUGAUGAUUCUCCUUCGCUCCUGCUCUCUCUCUCUCUCUCUCUCUCUCUCAUAUUCCUCUUUAUCCAUUUUCUUCCUCUUUAACUCUCCAACUAUGUACCUUGUUCAUUUCUUUUUUUAUUUUUUUUGCCUUCUUUCCGUUCCUUUUUCCUCACCGUGAAUUAUUUAUCCUAGAUUCAUUAAAUUCGUAAGGUUCCCCUUUUUAUCUCCUCGUUCCUUCUCUUCACUACAUCCAGUAUCUUUGGACUUGUUUCGCCUUCUUUUUGCUAUUGUUUGUAGAAAUAUAUCACGAGACCUCGUUGUAAAAUAGUGUUACUGCAUAUAUGAUGGAAAGUGGAAGUUGUGUAUAAGCAUCUUGCUGGUCUUUAGAUAUCCAUCGCGCUAGAUCGGAGGCAGAAAAAAGAGGUAAAAAGCUCGAUAUUUCGAAGAUUUCCUUCUUCAUUCUCAUCGUUUUUCUUUAUAUUUUAGUGACUUCCUCUCUGUUCUUCUUCGCGUCCGUUUUACCAUAUCGACCGAUUCUGAACAGGUUCUUUGGGAUGAUCGUACGAUUAGCGUUAUUCGCGACAUUUCACGUAACUUUUAUACCAUGUGAUAAUAGUGAUAGCUACUUUCUUUCGACUCUACGCGAAGGAAACCUCGAGAUGACGGAGCUUUUUUACUUCUUCUGCUGCGCGUCGUAGUUUUUAGGAACUCUGAAUAUUUCUCUUUUUUCUUUCUUUUUUUCAUGGAGAUCGAAACGAAGUAAUUCCACGCGGUUACUGCCUUUUGAACAAACACACGCCUCCCCCUCCCCCCGUUUCCGCUUGUUGCGCGAUAGCAAAACGACGUAGACUUUAAUUCAAGAGCCAAGACAUCAUUCCUUUUUACCAUGAUUUGUACCGGCGUUUUUGAAGGCCACUGAAUUACGAAGGGCGAUACGAAACGGCGUUGACGCAUGUUUUUAUCUUCUCCUUUGUUCUUUUUGUCAAAAAAAAUGAGAAAAUGUAAAAAAAAAAGAAAAAAUCGAAAAAAUACCGUGAAUGAGGUGUGCAUAGCGAAUGGGAAAUACAGAAGCGAAGGGAAAGAGAGAGUGGGAGAGAAAGGAUGAGCGAGAACGUAUAAAACCGGGUGUGAGAGAGAUAUCGAGUAACUGAUUCCGUGACCAGCAAAAAAGAAAGAAACAAAAUAAUAAUAAUAAUAAUGAUAAAUGAGAAAAACGGCGGUACUACACACACCGAUUACAAUGAUAAUAUUACUAUUAAUAAUAAUUAUUAUUAUUAUAAUUAUAAUACCGAAUCAUUACCAUAAUUUAUAUAUCUAAACAAGAAAAAAAAAACUGCAUGUCAGAGUGAUGCAUGGAGCAAACCAAAUACCUUGUAAGUAAAAAGAUACUUUAGAAACAAAUAAAAGUAACGCUUUUUUGAGUCCACCAAGAAAAAGAAAUACGAGAACGAGUGGGCGGUCGGACCUGCACACACAUACACAUAACUACACACUGAUUCGCGCGCGCAAAACCGUACACGAAUACCUGUAUAGAAUGCGGCCAUGAUAGCAAAUUCGAAGACUAAUAGAAUGAAGGGACAAAGACACCACACGUAUACCACAUCAAGGUUUUCAUGUACAGGGAUUUAACUAGUAUUUUUGCAUUAUUAAGGAUUAUUAAUUGUCCGAGGGAAGACGGAGCCGCGAUGACGAAUGCGAACCGAGGAAGAAGGGGUGAAUGACGACGAUGACGGUUAUUGGACGGUUGACAAACGAACAAUAUAUAUCAGUAACAAACCUAAGACAGGAAAAAGUAAUGAUUAGGCAAGAUAAUAGAAGUAUAAUGACGAACUUGGGAGGAACUGAGGAGAGAGUGAAAGUGUUUAAAGAACGAGUGCAAGAUUGCGAGAGUGAUAGCGAGAGAAAGAGAGCGAAAGAGGAACAGAAGAAUAAAGUAAACCACUAUAGCUUGAUCAAGAACGUUCAUUCAAAUUUUAUAUAUAUAUAUAUAUAUAUAUAUAUAUAUAUAUAUAUUGUAUAUAUAUAUAUAUAUAUAAUAUGCAUAUAUUGUAUAAUAUAUAUAUAAUAUGCAUAUAUUGUAUAAUAUAUAUAUAUAUUUUAUAUAUAUUAUAUAAUAUAUAUUUGUAAUUUAGAACAGCGUGGUCAGGCUACUUUAGAUACUGACCCUAUUAUUAAACGAUACACACGCCAUUGUGGCAGCUAUGCACUUGUUUAGCUGCACUAGAAUAAAGAAAAAAAAAGAAGAAGAAAUGGAGGAAGAGAAGCAACUGACGCAAGGGACACACCGACAAUGAGAAAUCCACCCCUUCGCGCGAACAGUUCAAAUUUCUGCUGUAUUAUCGAUGAUUAUUAUUAUUAUUAUUCCUGGUGAAUUUUUACCUUAUUACGGAGCGCGUUAAGACGGGUGUUCCAUAUGAAGCAAAUCGGUAUGACAAAUCGUUGCGACAAAUCCGGCUUGAUGCGACGCGGAGUAAAAAAUGUCACUCUCGACGUGUCAGCAUCGUUAGUAGUGACACGGGAACGAUUUUUACAUCGUGAAGCGAUCUUACGAACUAAUUCGUCGGCUGACAUGUAGUGAACUUCUGCGAAUGAACGCGACGGUAAAUGAGAAACAAAGAGGGACGUGGAUGAAUAGAAAGAAAAAAAAGGAAGAAUGCAGCAAGUAUGAAUCUACUUUAACGAAGAGAGAAAAACCGUAGUGAUCCGUUCUAUUUAUUUAGCGCCUAAUUUAUUCCGUAUCGAUCGUUUCGUUGGCAAGGAAAGAGGAUAUAUAAAAAUAAUAUGAUGAUAUAUUUAUAUAUA